AAUCAUAAUACAAGAAUGACCUUAUUCCCCCCUGCAUGGUCACAACAGAUGGUUAAGUCCAUUUUAUUGGCCUCUGCAUUUAAACCAGCUCCACCCUCAGCCUCCUCUUUUACUCAAAAAAGGAAGGACUGGAGCGGCAGCCAGGUCUCCCUGCUCGAAAGCAGGAGAAGAAAGUCAGACGACAGUGAGGAAGGGAUGGGAGCACAGGAGAGGGAGGAGGAAGACUGCGCUUCUUCAGUGGGGAGAAAGCUGCACAAAACCAGCAAGGAGGUUUAUUUCAGCGUCCUGCCAGAUAAAUAUGAACCUCUGAUUGAGGACGAUGAGGAGAGAGAGGAGACUGCAGAGGAGAAAAAGAGGAGGAAGGAGGCGAGGAAGAAGAAAAGGAAAAAUACAUGCAAGAAGUACAGGAAGAAUGUGGGGAAAGCGCUACGCUUCAGCUGGCGCUGCCUGGUAGCUGGUCUGCAGAGCAUGGCGUCCGUGUACUCCACACCUCUCUCAGCUGUGGCCACCGUGGUAACAGAUGUUCACCAAGCCAGUGGCAGCAAGACAUGAUGGGACUCGGAGGAACCAGGAGUGUAGCCCCUUAUUCCUUGUGUUCAAGCUGACUUUGAAUUCAUCACCUCUGUUGUGCCUGUUUUGUUUUUAUUCUAUUUUUAUUUCUAUUUCUGAGAUAUAUACUAUAUAUUUACUCGAUUUAUGAAAACCAUUGAUCCCUGUCACAUUUAUGGCCUCGGUUUUCAAAUUUGAACCGAACCCUGCUGUUGUGUUAAAUUAAACAAUCGUCUUUCAUGUUUGGGGUAAAACUGAACCCUAAAAUUCACCUCAAGUAGAAACCUAACCCUAACCCCAGAACACUUUGGGUUUAUUUACUGUCUUAAGAAGCUUUCUGUUCCGUGUGGGCUUUGGCAGCCACUGGCAACCCAACAACUAGCAAUGUCUGUGUACAAAUCUCAGCCACAAGGAGGCUCCACCUUGUGGCGCUUCUCCACAACUGCACUUUAGAAGCUCAUUGACAGAGAUAAAUUUUUGAGGUCCUGGAGCACUAAACGGAUAUAUUCGUCCAGUCAACCAACCAUACUUGGAUAAAGUAAAGAUGUUCUAGUAGGAAGCUGACGCACUCCUCUCCUUUCUGCUCUUUAUGUUUUUAUGAAGGUUAGGAGAGUCAGUAAAUGCUGUUAAAAUAAUCAGAAUAA